GGGGCAGGGAAGUUGAGGCGGUGCGCGGCCCGGCGUCGGUCGAGAGCGCAGGCCCGGCAGAGCCGCAGGCACUAGGCCGCCCGACACAGCCCGCGCGUCCCCGCGGCCGGUGGCGCCUCGAGCGGCCACGUGCACGCGCGCACCCCGCCCCACCAGCCUUCCUGCGCCGGAGACGAACCCGCUGCCUGGCUGGAGCUCUCUGGGCUCCUCGGCCUCGGGAGCAGCGCGUCCCCGGCGACUUCUGACACAGCCAUUACCUAGAUUCAAGAUGAAUAGCGAUCAAGUUACACUGGUUGGUCAAGUGUUUGAGUCAUAUGUUUCGGAAUACCAUAAGAAUGAUAUUCUUCUAAUCUUGAAGGAAAGGGAUGAAGAUGCUCAUUACCCAGUUGUGGUUAAUGCCAUGACUCUGUUUGAGACCAACAUGGAAAUCGGGGAAUAUUUCAACAUGUUCCCCAAUGAAGUGCUUACAAUUUUUGAUAGUGCACUGCGAAGGUCAGCCUUGACAAUUCUCCAGUCCCUUUCUCAGCCUGAGGGUGUUUCCAUGAAACAGAAUCUUCAUGCCAGGAUAUCAGGUUUGCCUGUCUGUCCUGAGCUGGUGAGGGAACACAUACCUAAAACCAAGGAUGUGGGACACUUUUUAUCUGUCACUGGGACAGUGAUUCGAACAAGUCUGGUGAAGGUUCUGGAGUUUGAGCGGGAUUACAUGUGUAACAAAUGCAAGCAUGUGUUUGUGAUCAAGGCUGACUUCGAGCAGUAUUACACCUUUUGCCGGCCAUCCUCGUGUCCCAGCUUGGAGAGCUGUGAUUCCUCUAAAUUCACUUGCCUCUCAGGCUUGUCUUCAUCUCCAACCAGGUGUAGAGAUUACCAGGAAAUCAAAAUUCAGGAACAGGUUCAAAGGCUAUCUGUUGGAAGUAUUCCACGAUCUAUGAAGGUUAUUCUGGAAGAUGACUUAGUGGAUAGUUGCAAAUCUGGUGAUGACCUCACUAUCUAUGGGAUUGUAAUGCAACGGUGGAAGCCCUUUCAGCAAGAUGUGCGCUGUGAAGUGGAGAUAGUCCUGAAAGCAAAUUACAUCCAAGUAAAUAAUGAGCAGUCCUCAGGGAUCAUCAUGGAUGAGGAGGUCCGAAAGGAAUUCGAAGAUUUUUGGGAAUACUAUAAGAGUGAUCCCUUUGCAGGAAGGAAUGUAAUAUUGGCUAGCUUGUGCCCUCAAGUGUUUGGAAUGUAUCUAGUAAAGCUUGCUGUGGCCAUGGUGCUGGCUGGUGGGAUUCAAAGGACUGAUGCUACAGGAACACGGGUCAGAGGUGAAUCUCAUCUUUUAUUGGUUGGGGAUCCUGGCACAGGGAAAUCUCAAUUCCUCAAAUAUGCAGCAAAGAUUACACCAAGAUCUGUGCUGACCACAGGAAUUGGAUCUACUAGUGCAGGUCUGACGGUAACUGCUGUAAAAGACUCAGGAGAAUGGAAUUUGGAGGCUGGGGCAUUAGUUCUUGCAGAUGCGGGCCUUUGCUGUAUUGAUGAGUUCAAUAGCCUCAAAGAGCAUGAUAGGACCAGUAUCCAUGAAGCAAUGGAGCAACAAACCAUAAGUGUUGCUAAGGCUGGUCUCGUGUGCAAGCUGAACACAAGGACCACCAUCCUGGCAGCAACGAACCCCAAAGGCCAGUACGACCCCCAGGAGUCCGUGUCUGUGAACAUUGCCCUCGGCAGCCCACUCUUAAGUCGAUUUGACCUGAUCCUGGUUUUGCUUGAUACCAAGAAUGAAGACUGGGAUCGUAUCAUUUCCUCCUUUAUCUUGGAAAAUAAAGGUUACCCAAGCAAAUCAGAGAAGCUCUGGAGCAUGGAAAAGAUGAAAACCUAUUUCUGCCUCAUAAGGAAUCUACAGCCCACACUGUCUGAUGUGGGCAAUCAAGUUCUUCUCCGGUACUACCAGAUGCAAAGGCAGAGUGAUUCCCGGAACGCUGCCCGGACCACCAUUCGGCUGUUGGAAAGCUUGAUACGAUUAGCAGAAGCUCAUGCUCGCCUGAUGUUUCGUGAUACUGUAACUCUGGAAGAUGCUAUUACGGUGGUGUCAGUCAUGGAGUCCUCAAUGCAGGGAGGUGCACUGCUAGGAGGUGUGAAUGCCCUCCACACUUCGUUUCCUGAAAACCCUGGAGAGCAGUACCAGAGACAGUGUGAACUUAUUCUGGAAAAGCUAGAGCUGCAGAGCCUCUUGAGUGAAGAGCUUAGAAGACUUGAAAGGUUACAGAAUCAGAGUGUGCACCAAUCCCAACCACGGGUAUUGGAGGUGGAGACUACUCCAGGAUCCUUGAGAAAUGGUCCAGGGGAAGAAUCAAACUUCAGAACUUCAUCACAGCAGGAAAUCAACUGUAGCACGCAUAUCUCCUCUCCUGGAGGCAGCCCCGAGGGAAGCCCAGUUCUAGAUCCCCCACCGCAUCUGGAGCCUAAUAGAUCAACAAGUAGGAAACAUUCAGCUGAGCACAAAAAUAACAGAGAUGACAGUUUAGAUUGGUUUGAUUUCAUGGCAACUCAUCAGAGUGAACCUAAAAACACUGUUCUUGUGUCUUCUCAUCCCAAAACAUCUGGAGAAAAUAUGGCUUCGAAGAUCUCUAACAGCACAUCUCAGGGUAAGGAAAAGAGUGAGUCAGGCCAAAGGAGCAAAGUGGAUGUUGGGUUGCUUCCAUCACCAGGAGAGACAGGUGUUCCAUGGAGGCCAGACAACGUGGAGAGUAACAAGAAAAAAAGGCUAGCACUAGAUUCUGAAGCAGCAGUCUCUGCUGAUAAACGAGACUCAGUACUGACUCAUCAUGUCCCCAGGAACCUGCAGAAACUGUGCAAGGAAAGGGCCCAGAAGUUGUGCAGAAAUAGCACAAGGGUGCCCGCACAGUGCACAGUCCCUUCCCAUCCUCAGUCCACUCCUGUACAUAGCCCAGACAGAAUGCUGGACUCACCCAAAAGAAAGAGAACGAAAUCCCUUGCGCAAGUGGAAAAGCCUGCAAUUGAAAAUGUUAAGCCUCCAGGUUCCCCUGUGGCCAAACUGGCAAAAUUUACUUUCAAACGGAAGUCAAAACUGAUGCACUCCUUUGAAGAUCACAGCCAUGUGUCGCCUGGUGCAACUAAAAUAGCAGUUCAUAGUCCUAAAAUUGCCCAGCGUAGAACAAGAAGAGACGCAGCCUUGCCAGUGAAGCGUCCAGAAAAGUUGACAACUACCCCAGGAAACCAGAUCUCCAGUCAGCCACAGGGUGAGACAAAGGAGGUGUCGCAGCAGCCACCAGAGAAACACGGACCAAGAGAGAAGGUGAUGUGUGCCCCUGAGAAGAGGAUUAUUCAGCCUGAAUUAGAGCUUGGGAACGAGAGUGGGUGUGCUCAUCUUACUUGUGAGGGAGACAAAAAGGAAGAGGUUUCAGGCAAUAAUAAAAGCGGCAAGGUUCAUGCCUGCACAUUAGCCAGAUUGGCAGACUUCUGCUUUACUCCCCCAUCGGAAUCCAAAUCAAAAUCCCCUCCUGAAAGGAAGAACCUAGGUGAGAGAGGCCCAAGCUCCCCUCCUACAACCACAGCUCCAAUGCGUGUCAGUAAAAGGAAAUCUUUUCAGCUCCAUGGGUCCACGGAGAAACUGAUCGUUUCUAAAGAAUCCCUCUUCACUUUACCAGAACUAGGUGAUGAAGCAUUCGAUUGUGACUGGGAUGAAGAGAUGAGAAAAAAGUCAUAAUUGGGAAAAGCUUUCUUGUCAAAUCUCACCUUCUCCAACUCCACAGAGGACCUUCAUGAUAUCAAUAUGGUAUUUAUAAAUGUAUAGAACGAUUGGCCAUAUUGAGGAUCACUCUGAAUACUGGCUCCCCCUUAAGGCUUUCUAAUUUCAGGUUAAUCUUCAUGACUUAAAAAGUUGUAUAAUCAGUUGAGGUCAGUGUGAUACCAGCAGCUGAGCUGAAUUAAUUAUGUUGUGCUUAAUUUUACAAAUGGAGUACUUGUAUUCCUGAAGCUGUUUCUGAUUUUUGUUUUGUUUUGUUUUUAAGGAGGAGAGGUUCUUCCCUAGAUUAUUUUCUUCUUUCAUUCACUCAGGAACAAAUGCCAAGAAGGUAGCACUCAUAAAUCUAACAAGGCAGAUGAGCUCUUUUUCUACUUUGUUGUUGUUGUUUUUUUUUUUUUUGUAUUUUCACCUGGAAUGGGCUAAGUACAGUGAAUAUAAUCACUUGGAUGAUUUGCCAAAAUCAGAUUAUUUUUCUAGUAUUAUUUUUGUAUUGAUUUGUGUGGAUCAGGUUAAAUGUGACUAAUGCUUUUCUUUCUUUGAGAGGUAUCAUUACAAUUCCAUGAUGUUCUUAAAGAUCUGGUAGCUGGUCAGACAGUACCUUUCUGAAGUACUGACCUGAGUUGUCCUUUCUUUCUUGAGCCAACAUUUUGUACUUCGGAUUUUUUUUUCUCUUGGGGACUUACCUUCAAUCAAGUAAAAUACUGUGAUUAGAAGAAGAGAGAGUAUGAGCCAGGCACAGUGGCUCACUCCUAUAGUCCUAGCUACUCAGGAGGCUGAGGCAGGAUGAUUGCUUAAGCCCAGGAGUUCAGGGUUACAGUGAGCUGUGGUCACACCACUGUAUCCAGCCUGGGUGACAGAGCGAGAUCCUGUCUCUAAAAAUAAAAUAAAUGAAGAAGAGAGAGUAUGUGGUAGUCUCAAUCAAACAUCAUGUCUCAUCUACCCAGCUGGUUAAUGUGGAAAUGUGAUUCCUACUAAGUUGUGAUUCACUUGUCUUUAAAACCAAGGAAAUUAUGUACUGUUUUUGGUAAGAAUAGAUAACCUCAAGCUUUGUCUUUCUGUGUGCUUUUAAAAUCACUUAUUCCUUUGGAUUCUAAUAACCGUUAUUAGGAUUCAAUAAUUAUGGACUUUCUCUUCUGAAGUGUGAAUUUGUAAACUGAUUAAUUGUCAAAGGGACUUUUGGACAUAGAACACUCAAGACUAUAUGUAUUUUGUUUAAUUUUCACUUCAUUCAAUUCAUGCAUUGAAAACAAAUUUAGAAAAUCCAAUUUUUCUUAAGCAUUUAAACGUUCUAAAAUUCACUAAUAAAAUUUUCUGAAAAAUUUUAAACUGUGAGUACAAAUUCAGUGUGGCUGAGUCUUGAAAUGAUUGGCCAUAAUGAGCACCAUUCUCUGAAGUUUGAAACACCUUAAACAGCUAAAAGACAUGUAUAAACAAUGAUUAUAAAAUGUAUUAUUUCUGUACCUAUUUAAUAACUUCCCAGUAUACUAUGAUUCUUAAUAUAUUCCUAAUCUUUCAGUUUUAUUGCUUUCCUGGGUUUCAGUGUUCUUACUAGAACUAAAGGAAAAGGAAUGGAAAUGGGUUUUUGACCAGUUGAAUCUUGAUCUGGGCGUGGUCUAAUUAUUUAGAUGAGGAUGACUCAAACCUAAGCCACAGUGUGGAGCUGACUUUUUUUAACAGUAAAUUUUUAAGUCCAUUUCUUAUGAAUUUUUGUCUUUGAAACUUGAUAUAUUUUGCAGUAAUUAUGUAUUCGGUUUUGCAUGGCUGACAGUACCUAACCUAUUGGCAAGUCAUUAGGGUAUUUUGAUGUGUUAUGUUAUUGAAAAUAUUUGUAUUCUUUAUUGUGACUUUUGGUUUUAGAGGUUUCAUUUUUAGUAAUGAGAGAUUUAAUUUUCAUAGUUACCUUGUCUCUUUAGGACACUGAGUAAUUCAUAUUUUAAAUUACAUGUUGAAUUGUC